AUCAUACAUAUACAUAGUCGAUCAUACAUAUACAGCCGCCAUGCCGCCCACCCACCACAUAUCCAGCACCUCGCGCGCCCUGUACCGCGUCUUCGUGCUCCCCAACCUGCGCGCGUCAUCCAACGGCAUCCCCGUCCAGUUCGCGCCUGCAUUCGCACCCACCUUCGGCCCGCCCUCGAUCCCCAUCAACGCACACCCCCUCCACCAACACCAGGUCCGAAGCAAGAGCUACUCCAAGAAGGACACCCGCCGCCAUGCGCUGUCGGACUACUUCACCAUCGACAACGCCAUCACAGCGCCGCGCGUGAACCUUGUCGAUGCCAACGGCGUCUUCACCCAGGACGUCGCAAUCUCGAACGCUCUCCGAAGCUACAACAAAGUCACCCACCACCUAGUCGAGGUCUCGCCGGGCCAGGUCGACGAAUACGGCGAGCAUGACCCCGCGCACCCCCCCGUGUGCCGCGUCGUCUCCAAAAUCGACCUGCGCGAGCAGCACGAGCGCAAAGUCGACGCCGCCCGGAAGCAAGCCCUAGCUACUACGGGCCCGCCGCAGAAGAACCUCGAGCUCAACUGGGCCAUUGGCCCCGGGGAUCUCAAGCACCGCCUCAACAAGCUGCAGCAGUUUCUGAGAGAGGGGAGGAGGGUCGAGCUCCUGCUCGGCCCGAAGAAGAAAGGGAAAAAGGCAACGCCCGAGGAGGCGAGUGCCGCCUUCAACGCUAUUUCUGAGGCUGUGGAGGAGUGCGUUGGUGCAAAGGAGGUGAAGCGGGAGGGGGAAGUAGGCGCUGUCAUGAUCAUCGUGUUUGAGGGGAAGAAGGUGGAGGAAAAGGGGAAGGCCGAGGAAGUAGGCGAGAAGCAGAGCGAGCAGUGACCUGUACCAUACUGUAAGACUAUGUAACAUCACCCGGGAGACAGUGGAGAUAUUGGAAGCGAAAAGCCCAUAGCUUGGUAUCAUACACUCAGCUACCCAGACCGUCUACCUAUAGACACAAUGUACAAUAAUACA